AUGGCAAACCCUCCCGAUCCGCGCAUGCGUCUCAACUUCAGUGGCGUGUUCCGAUUUGAUAGCAACGCACUUCAAGUGUAUGCUACACCUCCCCACUAUUUUCGAAGCUCAAUAUAUCUUCCCGUGCCUGGAACCUGGAAUCGUGAAGUUUUCGUACAGGCUGGAGAAUUGACGGCCUCACUUGCAACGGCCCGUGCUGUGUUUUUCGCUGCCGAGGUGUAUCCUAGACAUCCAACACGGGAUUCAAUUCUUCUGCUCGACCCUGGCUCCGUUGUUGAGUUAGACGACUACGCAUGCCAAUUGCCACCUCCGGCGCCAAUUGUAACAGUCCAAAGCAGAGGUCACGUUGUAAGCUUGGCCCGUCGGACGGCCUCAGCGCAGGAUUACGAUCGUUGGAUUAUUGUUGCUUUGCACAACGCGUGGGACGAAAGUUUGGCUCAGGUCACUCACUUCAACGUAAUUUAUGAGGCCUCGCUGGAGCUCGUGGCACAAAUCGGCAUAAGGAGGCUCAGCACGGGUACAAUUGCGAGCUUCUAUGGCGUUGUCCUUCACUACCUUCGUCGCAGAGGCAAUUGGGUGGUUGAGCUCGGCCUGAGCCAAGGAUACGACGCAGGUAGAUGGAGGGUAGAGGUUGGAGGAAGCAUCGCACUCAUUCCUCCAUCAUCCGAGUUUCGUGAAAUGUCAGGCUGA